AUGCCGCCCACUAGAAGAACAUCAUUCGUUAGUAGAAAUAAUAAUUCUUAUAAACAAAAAAGAAAUCUAUUUGUAAAUAUUGAAAAUCAGCUUCAUAAAGAAAUGAAAACUCUAUUAGAUAUGUUAAAAGAAUUUGAAGAACAAAAAAAGAAACUUCAAAGCGAAGAAGCAGUUCUUUUAUCAAUGCUGGGUGAAGAUAUUAAAACUGCUUUUGAGUUAGAUAAUAAAAUAGUGAAUGCAUUAUCUUUUUUUGAAAAUAUGAGUGAAGAUAAUGAUGAAAAUGAUGAGUUUUUAUCAACAUCACCACCAGUAGUAGAAGCUGAUAAGUUAGAUAAUAAAAUAGCAAAUGCUUUAACUUUUUUUGAAAAUAUGGGUGAAAAUAGUGAUGAUGACAAUUAUCAAGAUCAGGAUCAGGAAGAAGAUCAUUGUUGCAAAUGA